AAGAUGGCAGCAAACCGAUUAUAAAUCGGGAUCGGCAUACCAUGAUCGAAGUGUAGGUCUACCUCGAAACAUGGCAGCAAGAAAUGUCACACGCUACGUUUUACCACGCUUCGCUUCGGUUUUCCAGCGAUUCAAUGCAACGACAGCCCCAUUAAUUAUGAAAAGAAGAGCUCUGUAUAGGCCUGAGCACAGCAGACUUUUCACAACUUCGCCAAAGUCCCUGGAAAAAGAAACAGCCUAUAUAAGCUUCCUUGAUCGUGAUGGGGAUAAGAUAACUGCCAGCGUUAAAGUGGGUGCAUCUUUUUUGGAUGCUGCUAUAGACAAUGAUGUAGAACUGGAAGGUGCUUGUGAAGGAACCCUGGCGUGCUCCACAUGUCAUCUCAUCUUCAGUAAAGAGGACUACGAGAAAAUCAAAGACAAGCCCACAGACGAGGAACUGGAUAUGCUAGACCUUGCGUAUGGCCUUACAGAUACGUCCAGAUUAGGCUGUCAAGUGAUUGUUACCAAGGAGAUGGAUGGACUAGUCGUUAAAGUCCCAUCUGGUGUGGCGGAUGCUAGGAACCCUUCCUGACCUCAGUACCUCUAUAGGAUAUAAUCAGAAUUCUAGAACCCCUUCAUUUUUAGAAGUGGAUUUAAUUUGAUUUAAUAAAAAAACAACUGAAUAAACUUAACAAUGACACACAACUGUAUCAUUAUAUAGACCCCAUCACGGUAACUGUAGUACUCCCUUUUGCAGGUCAAAAUGACAAAAUUUGGUGAAAUAUGAUGUAACAUCAGUUGUUUCAAUUACGUGAUUUAGUUAUCUACUUAUUAAAACUUCGGAAAGUAUAUCAAUUCGCCAUGCAAGAGGACGAAGCACAGUUACCAUGAAGGGAUCUAUUGUGAAUCAAAUAUUUACAUUCAAUGUUAGGUUUUAUGAUGUAUUAUUUUAUAUAAAAUGAAGAUUAUUGCCCUAAUAGAUGUAUUUGAAAUUUAGAUUGCUUAAGUGUCAUGCAAAAUAGGAAAUUGUUUAAUUAUUUAUGAUACCAAAAUGACAUUGAUUGCCAUUAGUUUUUUUCAGUUAAAAGAAAUCAGAGAUUUUUUAGACAGAGGAUGCAAUAAAGGUUUUAUUUUGUUGUAGUGAGUCAUGCAACUGAUAAAUUGCAACACAACUUCAGGAAUAGGAAGUUUUUGUAUGAUCAGGUAUUCAUCUCACAUGUUUAUAUAGAAUCUUAUAUUAUUACUGUUUAGUGUACUUGUAUUUGAUAAUCAAACUGUAUACUCUUCAUUUACAUUGACAUUCUCUGUAACUUCAGAAUGUUUCACUAUUGAUUGUUAAAUCUUAUAAAGAAUAACAAAUCAACUUGUUGAUGUUUACACAUUUAUUUGGAUUAGAAUGUAGAUAGAUACAUGUACAAUUAUAUCUUACCCAUUGCACUGGUUAAAGAUGAGUUAUUGUGAGAGAAGAUACAUGUAUAUAUAUUUCAAUAAAAUUGUGUGAAAUGAU